AUUAAUUAAAUUUAAGAAUGUCAAAGAGAGGAAGAGGAGGAUAAGUUGGUAUUAAAUUGAGAAUUACACUUGCAUGCAAUGUUGGUGCAGUCCUUAACUGUGCUGAUAACUCAGGAGCCAAAAAUAUCUAUGUUAUUUCUACUUUUGGAAUUAAAGGACAUUUGAGCAGAUUACCCUCUGCUUCCAUUGGUGAUAUGGUCUUAUGCUCAGUCAAAUAGGGUAAGCCAGCACUUAGAAAGAAGGGUAAUUUAAAUUUACUAUCAUAGUUAUGUAAGCAGUCGUUGUUAGAUAAAGAAAACCAUACAGACGUCGAGAAGGAUAUUAUAUUUAUUUCGAAGGUUUGAAUUAUCAUUAAUUAUAGACAAUGCUGGUGUUAUCAUUAAUCCUAAAGGUGAAAUGAAAGGAUCUGCUAUUACAGGUCCUGUAGGAAAAGAAGCUGCCGACUUAUGGCCAAAGAUUGCAUCAGCUGCUGGUUCAGUUCUUUGAUAAACUUGCAAUAUAUUCAAGUAUAUUAAUAAACAAACAGUUUCUCA